AUGAAACUUAAAUUGCUUGGGACAUUUCUUGUAUUAAGCUUGGCAAAAUUCGGAGCGGUUUAUACAGACUCUAAUUAUACCGAAGCGAAAUCAUGUGUAAAAUGUGAUAAUAAUUGUAACGAUGACGACGAUCUAUGGCACUGCAUUCGAAUUUGUUGCCCUCGUAAAAAUACUAUGGCCAAUGGCGGUUGUAGUUUUGAGGAACAACUCUUCCGAACAAAACUUAAUUUAAACAUAAAACUCGAUGACAAUUCGACAGAGACCCUAUAUUUCAACAACCAAACCCUGCUUACAACGCCGUUUUGGGAUAUAGAUGAAAUGAUCGGUCUGAGCAGAGAUGAGUACACGUUGUACAAGAACGGAACCAUAUAUAUUCACUCCGACAAGAGGCUCAAGUCCAAAGAGGAAUACUGUUUCUAUCCCCAUCAGAUUUAUUCGGACUUCCCAGAAACCAUAUGGAUUGUUUUACACGAGUGGUCAUCGAUAGCGAUACCAGGAGCUUACGUGCUCACAUCAGUUUCUCUUAUAUGCUAUAUCUUAACAAUUGGCAUUUAUCUUUUCGUAAAAGAACUACGAAAUGUCUUUGGAAUGUGCCUAGUGAGUAGCAUAUUCAGCAUAUUUCUUGCCUACCUGAUCUGGCUUAUAGAUGAAUUAAGAUUGAUAGAUAACUUUUGCUCACUGGCAGGUUAUAUCUCGUACUUCUUUGAUUGUGCCACUUAUCUUUGGCUAUCUGUAAAUAGCUUUUGUUUAUGGAAGAAAAUCUCAUCGGUCGAUCGCCAAGAACAUCGCCAUCAGUUUCUGUUUUACAGUAUCUUUGUCUGGGGCAUAUCUGCUAUUCCACUAGGUAUAAUCUUAUGGAUGAAUCAACAGUGGGAAGAGGAUCUUCAAAAAUGGAACUGGUUACCUUUAGUUGGCUUUAGUAGAUGCUCAGUGGAGGUUUAUAAGCUAGCAUCCUGGGUUUAUUAUCUUGGACCCUUUACGAUCCUUAGUGCGAUAAAUAUUAUUAUGUUUGUUCUGACUACCAAACAAAUUAAAAAAACGAAAAGGGAAAUCAAUAAGUUAACAAUACGACCAGAUCGUACCCCAGCUUGCCUUGCCGUCGAUUUUCAAAAGAUUCUAUCAUAUCUGCGGAUCUUCGCUAUUAUGGGCGGAUCGUGGAUAUUAUUCCUAGUUUCGGUUAUAGAAUUGAAUAGCAUCAUUUGGAAUAUUUUCGUUAUACUAAUCCGAGGGCUCCAUUGUGGUUUUGGUAUAUUAAUAUGUGUGCUGCUUAUUUUUAAGCGCAGCACCUUUCGCCUGCUCAUUAAUAAGUAA